AUGUCUUUGCGUCGCUGCAAAUCCUGGGUUUUUCUGGCUCUCCUCGCCGUAUACCUCUUUUUCCUCACUUCGUCUCCGACUGCUCCGGCAAGAGAAGCCGAUCCCGUUCGCCGAUCGAACGGUUACUCCGACAUCGUCCAGUGGGACAACUAUACCCUGUGGAUCCACAAUCAGCGCAUUUUUCUCCACUCCGGAGAGUUCCACACAUUCCGUCUCCCAGUACGCGAGCUGUGGCUUGAUAUUUUCCAGAAGAUGGUCGCAGCCGGACUCAAUGGCUAUCUACUGGGCCUUACCAAUCCUUCACGCGGAGUAGUCGACUUUAAGGAUUGGCGAGCCCUCAAGCCAAUGUACAACGCUGCCAGUGAAGCAGGCCUUUUCAUCGUCCUUCGCCCAGGCCCUUACAUUAAUGCAGAGACGAGCGCGGGCGGCAUCGCGCACUGGAUCACCACCGAAACUGCGGGUGAGGUCAGGACGAACGCGACGGACUGGGUUGAGGCGUACGAGCCGUACAUCGACGGUGUCAUCAAAGAGUCUGUAGAUUACCAGAUCACGAAUGGAGGCCCGAUCAUUGCGGUGCAGAUCGAUAACGAGUACGACCAGAGCAUCUCGCACCAGCUGUACUUUCAGCGACUUGAAAAUCAGUACCGCGAAGGCAGUAUUGUUGUCCCUCUGACAUACAACGACCCUAAUGAGCGCGAGGCAUUCAUCAAUGGCACCGGCGCAGUUGACAUCUACGGAAUGGACGCGUAUCCGCAAGCGUUCGACUGCUCGAACCCCCUUGUCUGGAAGAACGUCAGUAUGAACUAUCACGCGUACCACGAGAAGGUCAACCCGAGCCAGCCAUGGUACAUGCCUGAAUUCCAGGCCGGCGCAUUCGAUCCCUGGGCAGGGCCGGGGUAUGAAGCGUGCGCAGUGCUGACGGGCCCGGACUUCGAGGACGUGUUCUACAAGCAUAAUUGGGCCGCAAACGAGAAGCUUGUAAACUAUUACAUGAUUUAUGGAGGAACGAACUGGGGUGGGAUUCCCUUCCCGGGCGUAUACACCAGCUACGACUACGGAGCGCCAAUCCGCGAGAACCGCCUCCUCACGGAUAAGUACGACGAAGUGAAGCGCCAGGGCAUUUUCCUCCGCUCCUCACCUGAGUUCCGCAAGACAGACUGGAUCGGAGACUCUGCGUCUGGGAUUCCCGAAGUUACUAUCGACAAUGGCCUGGUGUAUGGUACAUACUUGCGGAACCCCGAUACAGGCACUGGGUUCCUUAUCACUCGACAGAACGACUCGACGUCUGCGGCCAACGUCGCGUUCACGGUCUCCCUCCCCACCUCGCAGGGAAUUCUUACUCUUCCUACGACGGCCGACAGUAUUGUACUCCACGGACGUCAAAGCAAGCUCAUCACCACCGACUACACGUUUGGGACCAAGGGAGCCCUUCUGUACACCACUACCUCAAUUUUCUUCGCGGGCACCAUCGGGCCCCGGGACGUCAUUUUCCUCUAUGGUCAUGUUGGCCAGUCUCACGAGUUCUCGUUCAUACCGUUGGGAGAUGGUGUCGGCACGACGUCAUCUCUCGUGCAGCUGAGCAAGUUAGCCAGGCGCCCGGCGACGACGGUGACGAUCCUCCCUGGGGUCCAGGGCUUGAUUACGGUAUGGGAAUCCCCUGAGCAGCUCGUCCUCUACUCCGAUCCCGUCACUGCGGCGACGUUCUGGGCUCCUCCCAUUCGCUCCCCGAGCGUCGACAUCAUCGAGGGGUUGGAAACGUUCUGGCAGUUCGGUACGAACACGACCGUGCUCGUUGGGGGGCCCUACCUAGUGCGCAACGCCUCCCUCGAGGACAGUGGAACAACACUCGCGCUGGUCGGGGACUUGAACGCGAGCGUCCCGCUCACAGUCUUCGCACCCCAAGAGGUGACAGCUGUGACGUGGAACGGGGAGCCUGUCGGCACCAUGACGCAGUCAAGGUCUAGCGGGCUUAGGGGAAUGUUAGUGUUGAAGAGCGGGAUUCGAGACGUGAAAGUGCCGGAAUUGACAGGGUGGAGGUACGCUGAUAGCUUGCCAGAGGUCAAAAAGGGAUAUGAUGAUACCGAGUGGGUCGUUGCGGACAAGAAGAGCACGAAUAUUCCAAUCAAGCCGGUCUUUGGGGAUGGGAGGGUCUUGUAUGGGUGCGACUAUGGGUUCUGCGAAAACAUCGUCCUCUGGCGCGGACACUUCAAUGCGACUGGGUUAGAGACCGGUGCCAAUUUGACCAUCUAUGGUGGCGAAUGUUUUGCUGCUUCAGUCUGGAUCAACGACAAGUUCAUCUCGUCCGUUUAUAGUCCUUCCGAGCACGUCAACCACCUCUUUAAGUUCCCCGAGGAUGCCCUCAUCGUGGGCGAAGACAAUGUUAUGACCGUCAUCCAAGACAACAUGGGUCUUGACGAAGACGACAACGAGAAGUCGGCGCGCGGCAUUGCCGGGUUCGCCCUCGUUGGCGGAAAUACAACAUUCGGAACGUGGAAAGUUCAAGGCAAGGUCGGGGGGUACCUGAACUAUCCGGACAAGGUGCGCGGGCUCUUCAACGAGGGCGGCUUGCACGGCGAACGGAAAGGAUGGCACCUUCCCGGGUUCGACACCUCUGGCCCGGAAUGGACUCUGCGCGAGCUCUCGGAUGGUCUGCCCGGUGGCAGCGCGGGCGUUGGAUUCUUCGUGACGACAUUUGAGCUAGAUAUCCCUGGUUUUACAGACACGCCCAUCAGCUUCCAGUUUGAGGAGACAAAUGACCAACCGUACCGGGCACUGCUGUUUGUGAACGGGUGGCAGUAUGGGAAGCGCGCGGCAAACAUCGGGCCGCAGACGAGGUUCACUGUUCCACAGGGCAUCUUAGACUAUACUGGAGAGAACUGGGUAGCGAUCGCUCUAUGGGCACUGAACGAUACCGCAGUAUCGCCGACUCUACAGCUUGCUGUGGACGCCAUCAUCGAGGGAGGCGUUGGCCCGAUCGCGUCCAACAAUCCCGUAUGGAGGUCAUUGAGGCCGUAA